GGAGCUAACAGCAGCUAGCCGGCUAACGUCCCGGUGCAGCACCGCUCCUGCUGGUAGUUUUAUCCACAGAUCUAUAAACCAGGUUUAAUCAGCCUCUCCCUGGUUAUAUCUGCUCUCUUUACAUCACACAGCUCAUUUAUUACACUAACCUGGGACUGAAGCCACUCACACACUGCCAGAGGAGUUUAACCCGCUGGAUGUUUUUACCUCUGGAGCUUUCCUCCCAGGAUGCUAAGCUAACUAGCCUAGCCUGUUAGCAGCUAGCAGCGGCCGGAUGCUCUGAGAGCAGCCGAGUUUCGGGGCUUGUAGUCGGCUUCAGCAUGUCCAGCGGCCGGCAGCAGCAGCAGCAGCAGCCGGGCUCCGGAGGGGCCGGCUCCGUGCCCAGCACCAGCUCCAGCAGCACCGGGAGCACCUCCACCAGCAGCGGGGGGGCCAGCGGCUCCUCCGCCCCCCGCAGCCUGGAGCAGCAGGGCGGGCUGGCCGUGGCCAGCCUGGUGCCCUCCUCCCCCCGGGCCGGCCUCUCCUCCCUCAGCAGAGCGGCCGGAUCCUCCAGCAGCAGGAAGAAGCCUCUGGGCCAGAGCCCGCUCUACAACGGCCUGCUCAGCUCCUACCAGGACAAGAGCAACGACUUCGUCUGUCCGAUCUGCUUCGAGAUGAUUGAAGAGGCUCACAUGACGAAGUGUGGACACAGUUUCUGUUUCAGGUGUAUCCGUCAGAGUCUGGAGGACAGCAACAGAUGUCCCAAGUGUAACUACAUCGUUGAUAACGUGGACCAGCUUUACCCAAACUUCCUGGUAAACGAGCUGAUCCUGAAACAGAAACAAAGGUCUGAGGAGAAGAGACUGAAGCUGGACCAUCCUAACGGGUCCAGGUGGCAGGUCUUCCAGGACGUGCUGAGUCCGGACCAGGAGAACCUGGACCUGGCCAACGUCAACCUGAUGCUGGAGCUGCUGGUGCAGAAGAAGAAGCAGCUGGAGGCCGAAUCCCAAGCAGCUCAGAGACAGAUCCUCAUGGAGUUCCUGAAGGAAGCCAGGAGAAACAAGAGAGAGCAACUGGAGCAGCUGCAGAAAGAGCUGAACUUCCUAGAAGACGACAUAAAGCGUGUUGAGGAGAUGAGUGGGCUGUACUGUCCCAUGAUGGAGGCUGAGUGUACGGUGCCCAACGUGGAGGCUCCUUCUCCUGCUCCCAGCUGCAGCAGUAUUAUUGAGCCUCCAGACUAUAGCCAGCCUCCAGGAUUUGGUGGAACAACACAGGGUAAAAGACAAACGUGGUACAACAGCACGCUGGCGUCCAGGAGGAAGAGGCUCACGGCUCACUUUGAGGACCUGGAGCAGUGCUACUUCUCCAACAAGAUGUCACGCAUUACAGAUGAAGGCAGGAACCUGAACCAGCUGGAUGAUUUCAUGGAGUGUCUGUCUAAGUUUACCCGCUACAACUCAGUACGUCCGCUGGCCACGCUGUCCUACGCCAGCGACCUCUACAACGGCUCCAGCAUCGUCUCCAGUAUUGAGUUCGACCGUGACUGCGACUACUUCGCCAUCGCCGGCGUGACCAAGAAGAUCAAAGUGUUUGAGUACGGCACGGUGAUCCAGGACGCCGUGGACAUCCACUACCCCGUCAACGAGAUGACCUGCAACUCAAAGAUCAGCUGUAUCAGCUGGAGCAGCUACCACAAGAACCUCCUGGCCAGCAGCGACUACGAGGGAACCGUCAUCCUGUGGGACGGAUUCACCGGACAGAGGUCUAAAGUCUACCAGGAACAUGAGAAAAGGUGUUGGAGCGUUGACUUCAACCUGAUGGACCCGAAGCUGUUAGCGUCUGGUUCUGAUGAUGCUAAAGUGAAGUUAUGGUCCACCAACCUGGAUAACUCUGUGGCGAGCAUCGAGGCCAAGGCCAACGUCUGCUGUGUUAAAUUCAGCCCCACCUCCAGAUAUCACCUGGCCUUCGGCUGCGCAGACCACUGUGUCCACUACUACGACCUGCGUAACACUAAGCAGCCCAUCAUGGUGUUUAAAGGCCACAGGAAGGCCGUUUCCUACGCCAAGUUCGUCAACGGAGAGGAGAUCGUCUCAGCCUCUACAGACAGUCAGCUGAAGCUGUGGAACGUCAACAAGCCUCACUGUCUGCGCUCCUUCAAAGGUCACAUCAACGAGAAGAACUUUGUGGGUCUGGCCUCCAACGGAGAUUAUGUUGCCUGUGGCAGUGAAAACAACUCCCUGUACCUGUACUAUAAAGGCCUGUCUAAGACUCUGUUAACCUUCAAGUUUGACACGGUGAAGAGCGUUCUGGACAAAGACAAGAAGGAGGACGACACCAACGAGUUCGUUAGUGCUGUCUGCUGGAGGGCUCUACCUGAUGGGGAGUCAAAUGUUCUGAUCGCUGCCAACAGUCAAGGAACCAUCAAGGUUCUGGAGCUGGUCUGAAGGGUCUUCAGAGGGACAGAACCACCAUCAGCUCUUAUUUUGGUGGAGGAUUGACUUCCUGCUGCUGCUGAGAUGAACUGAACGUCUUAUUAACGGAGCUGCAGCAGAGAAACGUCUUUAUUCUCAGCAGCAGAAGAAGAAGAAGAAGCAGCAGGAGCUUCUGAUCUUUGGGCACAAACAGACAAAGAGACUUUAGGAGCUUCUAGUUUCUCCAGUAAAGACGUCUGGCUGCAGUAGAAACCGUUCUGCUUUAGGUCAAAUCAACUCUCGUACCUUUUAAUUGAGCUUCUCCUCCUGAGCUUCAUCAGCCAAACGCCACCACGAUGAGGCAGAUUUCCUUUUUAAAGGCCAAAGCACAAGAUGAAACGACUCGAUGAUGUCUUCACAGGAAGCUUUUAACCCCCCCCCCUCCCCUCAUUGUUUGUUUGUCCAACACUUGUUUUUUCUCGUUUACGUGUCGUUUUUUUGUGUUUUCAGAUUUCACAAAACCAGUUUUAAUAAAUAUGACUUGAAUUCAUUCUGUCGAGCGUAUCGUCGGUUUCCUUUUCUGGCUUCAGAGUGGAAGGUGAGGUUUCAUUAUUAUUAUCAACAGAUUUAUUCUGGAAACAAAACAAGAUGUUUGUUUGUUUGUUUGUUUGUCGUAAACAUCAAGGCGUUAGUUGAUCUUCAGUCGACUUCAAACUGGAUUAUUAUUUUCCAUCUAUGUGAAUCUGUUUGUUUGUCGCUGUUGAAAAAUGAAAACCUCACAGAAAAUCAGCUUUAGUUUCUUUUUAAAGUAGCAAAUAAAUUCCUCUUCAUAAACUGUAGAGUUAAAACAUUAAAAGCAUUUUUAACUGAUCCGUGUUGGAACAUUGAGAGGAUUUGGUAAAAAACACCAAGACCUAAAUAUUUUAUGAUAACUGAGUGAGAGAGGUGUUUUGUAUUUGUAUAACUGAAUAAAUUAUUUCGAAACAA